AUGAUCUUCAACGCUUCUCGGAGUCAAAGGCUUCAGUGCCGGUCGCUUGUAUUUCCAUCACUGCUUCUACUGCUACUUUGCCUGGCCCUUUUGCCUUCGGUUUCUGCGAAUACUGAGAAGGAGAUAUUCAUUGCCCCACAUGAGCAAGACGAACUAUUGUUCACUGGUGCGAACGACGGGCAGUCGGUUGAGCUUGAAGCUCUCAAUCUCGGACUUCAUAAACUUACACCUUCGCCUCUUUGCGGCACCAGCCCAUGUCAUAAUCUGAAAAUCGCAUUGAAUACUUCGUUCGUCCCCCUUGAAAAACAAUGGGUUCUCCUUGAUCAUCUGAAGCCUGGGAAGAGGUAUGAAGUUCGGUUAUGUUGGGCUGCUACCUCACCAACAAAUUUCCACCUCAAGCUAUACACACCUCUUCAAGUUCUUUCAGACCCGAGUCUCAUCACUAGCCUAGUGUCCUACUCUGCUCGAGCACCUCCGCCGUUGCGAACAGUAGAUGAGGUUGAUCAUGCCGUAGAAGCUCCCCGUUCCCUACUUUAUUUGGAGAUUGGAGCAGUGGCAGCUUAUUACACGCCCAACAAGUAUCGAAUGGAGAAUCCGGACAGUGUUGGCGUUGAUAUAAUUCUUGAUCCCUACUUCAUGAACAUCAUUCCAGAGUCCCUGUUUCCCAUUAUAGGAAUGAUUACUCUGGUCACUUUCUUUGCCUGGUGCCUACAUGUAGUUAUCACCGCACCUGAAGUUUACUUAAUCUAUUGCGAAUUACUCCUUGUCCACCCACCACCUGUUCUGACGAAAUAG